AGAGACGUCUCCUGUAAAACUUCCAGGGAAAUGAGCUGCAUUUUCCAGCAGCUGCAGCACAAUCCUCAGCAGACAGAGAAAUGAGAAAAAUACCAAAUAAUGGAAACCUGAAGAUGACAAAGGUGGCAUACCCCCUGGGGCUGUUCAUUUGCCUGUUCAUCUAUGUUGCCUACAUCAAGUGGCACUGGGCCUCUGCCACCCAGGCCUUCUUCAGCAUCACUGAGGUGGCAUCGGGGGCCCGGAGGGUCCAGCAGGCUCACAGUCCCCCAGAGACAGCUGCACGUGGUCACGAGGUUUUCUACGGCAUAAUGUUUGAUGCAGGAAGCACUGGCACCCGCGUCCAUAUCUUCCAGUUUGCCCGGCAGCCUGGAGAAACUCCCACUUUGACCCAUGAGACGUUCAAAGCACUGAAGCCAGGUCUUUCUGCUUAUGCUGAUGAUGUUGAAAAGAGCACUUCAGGAAUUCAGGAAUUACUGGAUGUUGCUAAACAAGACAUUCCUUUUGACUUCUGGAAGGCCACCCCAUUGGUGCUCAAGGCCACGGCUGGUUUACGUCUGUUACCAGGAGAAAAGGCUCAAAAGUUACUGCAAAAGGUGAAAGAAGUGUUUAAGGCAUCGCCCUUCCUUGUAGGAGAUGACUGUGUUUCCAUCAUGAACGGAACAGAUGAAGGCGUUUCAGCGUGGAUCACUGUCAACUUCCUAACAGGCAGUUUGAAAACCUCAGGAAGGAGCAGUGUGGGCAUGCUGGAUUUGGGCGGAGGAUCCACUCAGAUCACCUUCCUUCCAAGAGUUGAGGACACCCUCCAGACCUCCCCGCCUGGCUACCUAACGUCACUCCAGAUGUUUAAUCGGACCUACAAGCUCUAUUCUUACAGCUACCUGGGGCUUGGUUUGAUGUCGGCGCGGCUGGCGAUUCUGGGUGGCAUGGAAGGGAAACCUGCUGAGGAUGGAAAGGAGUUGGUCAGCCCUUGUUUGUCUCCAGGUUUCACAGGAGAGUGGGAACAUGCUGAAAUAACAUACAGAAUUUCAGGACAGAAGGCAGCAGUGAACCUCCAUGAGCUGUGUGCCAGCAGAGUAUUGGAAAUCCUUCGAAACAAAGUGCACAGAACGGAAGAAGUGAAGGAUGUGGAUUUUUAUGCUUUUUCCUACUAUUACGACCUUGCAGCAAAUGUUGGCCUCAUAGAUGUGGAAAAGGGAGGCAGCCUCGUCGUCGGAGAUUUUGAUAUCGCGGCCAAGUAUGUGUGCCGGACGGCGGAGACCCGGCCGCAGGGCAACCCCUUUCUGUGCAUGGACCUCACCUACAUCAGCCUGCUGCUCCAAGAGUUUGGCUUCCCAGAGAACAAAGUGCUGAAGCUGACUCGGAAAAUCAACAAUGUGGAGACCAGCUGGGCUCUGGGGGCCAUCUUUCAUUACAUCGACUCCCUGAGCAGACAGAAGAGUCCAGCCUUGUAGCGGCCAAGCCGCUCCCAGCCAUCCUCACAGAAGCGGCUCCACCUCCAUGAGAACAGACCUUCGUGAGAAUAGACCUUUGUGGAACCCCUUGACAUGUUGGGAGGAAGCCACUGCUUAGGCUGCCACCCCUCUCCCCUUGGCCUUGCAGACCUGCCUCUGGACAGGUAGAGGGCUGCAACGUGACCCAGGCCCAGCGCCUCCUGCCUUGGCUCCAGGUGGACAGUGAACCAGACAGGCAAAGGGCACAUGCCAAGGCCAGGGUGAUGCGGCCACGCCGUCCCCCAC